AUGGAGGUCGAUGACGGCGCCCUGGCUCCCCUGGGAGGCCAGGGCGCGGGCGCCGCAGCGGGCGACGGUGACAUCGGCGACGGUGAGUCAGCGCCCCAGGCCGCCAUUGCAGUCGGCGCGGCUGGCGAUGCACACGGCGUGCAGGUGGCGCACAACGGCAUCAUCGAGCUCUGGAUCGACCCUGGCAAGAAGCAUCACUAUUUGAAGAAUCAGCUGACCCACGAGACCGUGAAGAUACUGGCCCCACCAGCGGGCACGGAUUAUUGGGUCAUUGGUUUGAAGGACAACUACGCCUACAUCGAUAGCCCAGACGAGUCGCACUGGGUGACUGAGUUCUUCAAGCACAACGCCUUCGUGUCAGACCAGGGCCAGACGUUCGUCAAGUCCACGGACAGCGACUCCCCAGAGUGGAUCGAGAACUUCUUAGGCAUGCACAGGGUCGACGAGUUCGCUUUCGCACACCCCGCUGGGACACAGACCACCAGGUACAUGAUGGUCGCUGUGUGGGAGAAUGCUCAGUAUGAUUCGUCGGUGUGGAUUUCUCUUUGGAGCGUGUUCGACAUGAUUUGUCUCCAUGUCAACGUGAGCGGGGGCUCUUGGUUCGCGAACCGUCGGGACGCAUGGGAGCGGUGCUUGUGCGCGUGGCAGCUUCGUCACCACCUUCGCCAGAGCAGCCCGUACGCGAACAAGAGAGCGGCACUGUCGAGUGAGGAGCUCGCGAUGCGCAUCCUGAAGUUCCCGUCGGUCAGCGUGGUCGGCAUGAUGAGCUUGAUGAUUCAGUGGGGGUCGGAGAACCAAGGUUCGCGCUUCAAGUCCGACACAGAUCGCGCUUCGUCUAACGACUUGUUUGACAGCUUCGCUUACAUGAUCCAGAACGGCAGCAUCAGGGUCAACGUCGACGGCUUCGCUUGGAGGUGCGGCCCCGACAUUGCAGGCGUGCGGCCCAUGGUCGUGCUCAUCAAGGCUGGAAGGUUUGAACGAAAGUCUUUCAACGCCGUUGUCGAGUCUUACUUCAACGAGUACGGUACGCCAGUGAGCUGGGAAGAUGCUGGCGUCUGGGAUAAGCGCGAGGAGGGCGAGGACUUCAAGCCGUCUGACGUCAUUCAGAAGAUCCUCACUGGCAACAGGGACGCCAAGCUUGCAAUGCAGCUCGUCUGGGGCCUAGGCAACCUCGUCGACGCGAAGAUCGCCAAGGCCAAGGGCAAGGAUGUCGAGCUGGCCCCCGACUUCAGGUACGAUUUCUCGGACGAUCUUGACGCUCAGCCCGACUCCAGCGUAGACGUUGCGGUAUCUGGCAACCACGGCGCUGCGCAGGUGAUCACGCGGUACCUCAAGGUCAGCAAACGCACCAUGAUCGACAGCAUGAACCUCGGUUUCGUCAUGGACGCUUCCACGCCAGACCACCAGAAGAAGUUCUACGGCGCUGUGUUCAAGCCGAACAACACAGUGGCCAUUUGCCCACCGCAGUCUGGAAGUCGCGAUUGCAGGGCAGCUGCGAGCGAUCGGGAUGCGACCGAGACAGACCCUCAAGUGAGCUCAGUCUACAGCGGCAGGCAGAUGUACGACAGCGAGAGCACGGCAUUGGCGGUGCAGACGUACGAGAAUACCCACAUCGAGCGGGCCAGGGAGCUUCUGGGCAUCAAGUGCAACUCCUCUGAGUUGCCCCGGGUGGAAAAGGUCAAGCGCAGGUACAGGUUGGAUUCCUUCAUGGCUGGGAAGGCUCUUCACAACAUGCGCCUCGUGAGCGUCGGCGAGGGCCUUGGGGCAGUCAAGAUCACAUUAGAACAGUACCACCAGAUGAAGGACUGCUACGAUUGGAAGUGCGAUCACUUGUGCUCCGACCAGGGCCCCGACAUGAAGUGCCUGAAGUGGUUCUUACAGAGCUCGGAGGGCCUGUUCAAUGUUGACGACGACGAUGAUCUGGCACACGGCAUCGACAACGAUUUCAACAUAGCUGACAAGAAGUGCGGUCUGUGGGCAUUUCGGAGGCUUCAGAGGUUGGCGAGGAACGCAAUCUAUGGCCCCUUCGACGAGGGCAGGAGGUUCAAGGAGUUAAAGGACAUCGCGAAGGAGGUGAAGACGUUCGUCAGCCCUCUCAAGUGCCCGAUAUUUUGCGAGGCGUUGCCUGCCAUCCUCGAGGAGAUGGGAGAGCCCGCGCGCAUUAUGGAGAAUGGCAUCGAGGAGGAGGUGUGGAAUGGCAUGACCGAAGUCGGCUUCGGCGAGGUGGCUGGCAGGAAGGACAACCCCGCCAGGUGGCUUGGCGACCAUUAUGCUUCUCGCAUCGACCGCGAUCAGUUCACGAUGCGCGCCGUCUGCUUCUCUUACGCGGUCAUGGUGCGCGAGCAGUCGAGCACGAAGAAGCUCGGAGUCAAGAUGAGGGAGCUGCACAGCGAACCGAACCAGCACGGGGGCAACGACCAGGCCGUGAGCAUGGAGUCGGUGGCCGCCGAGCUGAAGCGCGUGAGGAUGGCCACGCGGGACCAAGUGGAGGUUGCGAUCGUCUACUACAACAACAAGCAGAACAAGAACAUCGACAGGGCGACAUUCGCCAUCCGCGAGCCGUGGGCUCAAUGGCAUAGCCACAACAAUUGGCACCUCAGGGAUCUCACGAACGUCACGGACUGGGAGGUGGACCAAAUCGUCAACGGGAAGCUCCUCAAAGUUUGUGUGGAAUCCAUGUCUGUACCGUUCGAUGGCAAGGGGAUGAUGGCUUACCUCGGCUUCGCUGUGGAUCACAGCCAUGUCAACGUGAACGAAGUGUCCGCGUCCCACCCGCUUCUGAAGAUCGAGGGUGACAUGGCCGAGUUGAUCGGCACUUACUCCCUCGUCCUGAACGCUUGUCGCUUCAAGAGGCUCUUCAAGUUGAUGAGGGGCUGGCCCAAGCACUUGGUGGCGGCCCUCGGUGACCUCGCUUCCCAGGACAGGGUCUUCGCCCUCUUCAAGCAAGACUGCGAGAACUGGAAGGCACUCGGCGACGACACGGUUGGCUUCAGGGCUCUGUCGGGGAUUAUGGCUCGCUUGAAGAAGAGCUCGCCUUUCAUCCUCGUUCCAGUUCGGCAGCAUCUCGGCAUUCUUAUCGAAUCGGGGUUCCAGCGGACCUCGAAGUACAUGGAGUUCCUCAACGAGAAUCGGACGAGGCCACUGCUGUCCCAGAUCGCCGAGGAUUGCUUCUGCAGGUCAGCCAAGGACAUUCAGCACGCCUUGGGCCAAGACCGAGGGAUCGACAGAGAUUUCGCGAACUUGAUGGUGAAGGAUGUCGUCUCGAAAGUUCACCGCCACAAGGACAUCAAUUGGAAGUUCGAGCCGCUCGUCAGAAACCCCAGGAUCCCCAAAGACGCGUAUCAUAACACUCCCGACGACGUGAAGGCGAUCGGCCUCCAGAACAUCAUUGGCCCCAACCAGUCUCCGAAGUGGUCCAACCAGAGCGUUGCCAACGACUCCAAGCCGACUUUCGAGAUGGACAUGCUGGAGUUCUGCAGGGCCAACGGCGUCAACGUCUCCACCGCAGAGAAGCACUGGUACUGCGCCUUGGCGAAGCAGGGCAAGGUCGCCAUCAAAAUGAAGGGGUCCCCCGACUCGGACUACGGCAUCGUCAUGGGCGACAUGUGCGGCAUCGGCGUAUUGACUGCCAAGCUCAAGCCUUUCAAAUACAGGUCUGGGCGCGACUUCUACAUGAUCGACUUCGACGCUGCGGCCCCGCUCAAGAUGGCUUACGUAUUUGAUCCAUCGGAGUGGGAUGCCCUGCCUUUGUCCUGGACGUCACCGCUGAUGCAGUUUGUCGCGGAGGGGGGGCGCAGCUUGCCAGGUGGCAUCGAGAAGUACUGCAUGAGGCUCGAACCAACUGGGCCUGCUGACAGUCUGUUGCGAGUGGCUGCCAAGAACGCCUUUUGGGAUCUGGGAUUGUCAGUGUUGAAGACAGUCCACAAAGACCUUUGCGUCGACCCCCCUGGCGGCCUCGAUCUUUUCGAGACCUUGCAGGCGCUGGUGACGCACGUCUUGAAGCCGACAGAUCUGGACCUGUGCGAAAUCUUGCGGAAGCGUUGCUUCGUGAAGUUCGUCGGUGAGGACGGCUUGGUGGACAUCCAGGGGGCGAUCGAUUGCAUGGCGAAGGAAGAGCAGGAGAUGACGAGAGAGACGCUGUCUGAGAAGGACGCCCAGAAACAUAUCAGGAAGGAACACACCGCGAAGUUCAACGUCUACCGCAAGGAGGUGAAGGCGGUGCGCACUGCCGAGGCUGCCGGUCAGAACCGCACCAAGCAGGAGUUGAAGAAGUGGAAGGGGCCAAUCGAGCCGCCCAAGGACGGGGUCGUGCACUCCGAGGCGAAGAAGUUCCUCCCACCUGGGGCGAGCCUGUGGAGGGGUCUCACAGGCACGGGCGCGUGGCACGUCCACAUCCCCCCGCACUACAAGUCCAAGACGUGGCUCGAGGCUGGCAGCUACGACAACUCGCUCAGGUUCGUCCUGGCCUUCGCCUGGAAGAAGUACCUCAAGAGCAAAGACCUCGACGACUUGCACUGCCCGAUCAAGGGCCUGCUGAAGCACUACACGGACGAGGAGGAGCAGGCGGCCACCGCAGCCGCGAGCUC